CACUUUGAUACACGUACUGGAGUCUGUAAAGGGCUUUGCGUGUUACCCCAAAUAGGACUCCAUUACAAUAAUCGAGACAGGAAGUGAUGAAGGCGCGUAUGAGUGAUUCUGCAUCAGGGUCUGUGAGUUAUGGACGGAGUCUGGAGAUGUUUUUUGAGGUGGCAGAACACAGAUUUGGUGAUGGAGUUGAUGUGUGACUGGAAAGAGAGGGUGGAGUCCAGAAUGACACCCAGGUAGUGGACUUCCAGUGGAGUGGAUGGAGCAGCCAUCAACAUCGUGGAGAUCUCCAGCCUGUCCGAGGAGGAGAAGGGAGGAGGUUGUUGUUACGGCUUCAGUUUUACAGAGUUGCUGGUAAAAUGUACUUAAUGUAAGCAAAGGAUGUUCUGAUAUUCUGUUUGUACUUUAAGCAACACCAGUUUGGUUUUGUGAUCUCAAGUAAAAAUUAGAUCCGCAGGUUUUGAGAACGUUUCUGUCAUUCUGUGUAAAAAUAUAAAUCCAAGAAACAAACUUUCUCCCCCCGAUGAGUUCAUUUUCUGUGAUUGCAGCUUUUAGCCCUUUUCAAACAGAAUGGCUCAUGAUGCCGGCUUGAUUUCACUCCCCUGUCACCCACAGAGUAAACGCCUUUGGUUUUGCGCUGUUUGUGAUUAAUGGAACAUCAAAAGCCGAUCUGAGCUCUGUGUGAUUCGUUCCUGAGGACACGAGUCUGCCCGGGACACACAAACAUCAUUAAUGAACAAGAGGCAGACUGCAGCGAGAAAGAAAGAGAGGGGGGAUUCAUUUUUUGUCAGUAAUCUGGAGUAUAUUUACCUGGAUGUGAUGAUGAUGCAGACACUGUGUGUGCUCAGGGAUUCAUGUGAUUACCUUCCAUCAGUUAAGUACACAGGGACAAAUGUUUUUUUUUUUUUUCUGAAUGCAUUUGGAGAAUCUCAUCUCUCUCUGCUCUUUCAUGCCCGAUGGCAAAAAAACUCUAAAGUGCAUUUCUCCACUUGUCUCUGUGCAGGCAGCUAAAUUUAUCUGUAGUUCUCUGCUGAGCUUAGAGGCUUAAUUACCCAGAAGAGAGGAGAGCAAAAAUGAAAUGCAAUUAUGCAUGAGUGUGUGUGUGGCAUCCUUAGAGUGAAGUUGUCUCAGAGAGGGACAGGAGAGCUAACAUUUACCAGGGAAGGUCCCUCCUUGAGUUUUUCUGCAGAACAAAUCUGUGGAUCCAUCAGGGUACAAAUCUCAGUCCUUUAAACUGUUUGUUCAAAGUGUUUAAGCUCCUUGUGGUACAGAUGCUGGAAAGAUUGUGUCUGUUGAAUCGGCUUGAAGUGGGACCUUUUCCUAAAGCUGGAUUUUUUAAAAUACAUUAAAUGUUUAGUUGAAGGAAGUAGUUUCUGUUUUCCUGUCCUGCUAAUCUAAAGCUACGGCAUGCAGCUGGUUAGCGUAGCAUAGCACAAACAGUGGACAAUAAAGGAAACUUCUAGCCUAGCUCUGUCUAAAGGUAAAACAACUCACCAACCUGCACAUCUACAGUGCAUUGAUUUCACAGGGGGGAGAGUAUCCCGCGGUGAGGUGCAUGUGUGAACAGGCAACUCAGGAAGAUUUCAGCUGCAGCCUGCCUGACUUUUUCUAGAAUUAAAUGUGAAGAUGGUCUAAAUAACAUCUCCACCUUCUGUUGUUUAAGUUCCUUGGAGCAGGAACAUAAACUGCUCCAUCAGUCGAGGUCUGUGGGUGUAAAACGAGCUGAAGCUGCACACGCAUGAGGCUGGAACAAAACGCAUCCGAAUGAAAUCUCAUUGUGUGUGUCUUUGAUUCCUCUCCAGCGUGAAGGAUGUAGAGCCGGAUGGGGGGGCAGGAUGGAGUGCUCCUGGAAGACGGUGCUGCUGCUGGUGUGUGCGUCUCUGGGGGUGCAGUACACCGCCAUCCGCACCCUGAGGGACUCUCUGUCUGGACCCUGUGAGGGAGCGUACCGCUGCUCCUCCAGACACCACAGAGACUCUAGGUGGAGAUCGUUGUGUGAUGACAGUUGGAUGCAGGAGUUGCCUCGGAAACACAUCCUGCUGUUUGCCACAACCCGCAGCGGCUCGUCCUUCACGGGGCAGCUCCUCAACCAGCACCCAGAGGUGUUCUAUGUGUUUGAGCCUCUCUUCCACGUGCAGCAGGCCUUCACCAACUCCAGCAGCCGUCUGCGCCGCUCGCUGGACCGCCGGGCCCUCCUGGGAGCUUACAGGGACCUCCUCCUCAACCUCUACACCUGCGACCUUCACUUCAUGGAGAACUACAUCCGGCCAGAGCCGCAGGACCACGUCACCAACUCUUUCUUCCGUCGGAGCUCCAGCCACGCCCUCUGUUCCCCUCCAGUGUGCUCGGAGGGAGGCGACGGAGCGGCCUCUGAUCUGCCCGAUGAAACCUGGUGUCCUAAGAAGUGCGGCACUCUGAACCUCACUUUAGCGUCCUUGUCAUGUCUGUCGAGGGGAAACAUCGCCAUAAAGACCGUGCGCGUCCCUGAGGUUGGCGACCUGCGCACCCUGACGGAAGACCCUCGUCUUGACCUGAAGAUCAUCCACCUGGUAAGAGACCCCAGAGCCGUCCUCGCCUCCCGCAUGAUGGCGUUUUCAGAUCAGUUCCGUGCUUGGAAAAUAUGGAACGCGACAGGACGGCAGCCACGUUAUGUGGACCUGUCACAGAUCACCAGCACCUGUAAGGACAUGUCAGCCUCUGCAGAGACGGGCCUGCAGAGACCGCCAUGGCUGCAUGGACGCUACAUGCUGGUGCGGUACGAGGACCUGGCGUUUAACCCGAAGAAGAAGGCGGCUGAGAUCUACAGGUUUGUGGGGCUGGAGAUGGAGGACAGAGUGAGUCUGUGGAUUUCAAAGAACACCAACAGUAAUGUGUCGGCUCCCUCCGAGUGGAACUACAGAUACUCCACCACCAGAGACUCCAGAGCCGCCGCAGAGAGCUGGAGGCUUCGACUCAGCUUUGACAUCGUGAGGACGGUGCAGCGACUGUGCAACGACACGCUGGCUCUGCUCGGAUACAAACCGGUUCAGUCUUCAGCUCAACUCAGAAACCUGUCACACAGUUUAAUCCAACACAUGAGCUUUGAGACGGUCACAUAAGCCGUUCUCACACAUGCAGUCCUGAAAAUAUUUACAGAAAUCCUUGAAAUCUUCUUGAGCUGACGUUCAGCAGGGUUGUGUCCAGAGUCCAGACCUUUUUCAGUGGGGGGGGGGGCAGACUGGGGCACUGACGUAUGCAGGGCUAGCAAGCAGUUUACCUUCCUUUCCCCACUAAUCACACUUUUAAGUUACACAAGAGAAUGGCGACAUCGUCUUAGCUUCAUUCUUUCAGGACUCAAAAAGAAGACGUUUGUUCGGGGUCACGAUUGAAAAACUUUUAAUAGCUGCUUAGUUCAUUGUAAGUUAGACAGGGUGCAGCAGUUUGCUUGUGAGUCUUUAUGGACUCGUUCCUUUCCAAAAAACCUGUCUCAUGAAAUAAAAUGUGCACAGUCAUCCAGCAGCCUGAUGCAACACAGUUGAUUUUGACUUAAAUCCCGCCUCUGAAAACGCAAAUAGCCAAUCAUAGUUUGCGAUUUUAGUUUAGCCAAUCAGAUUUCAAGGGGGGCCCAUGCCGUCCCUGGCAUCCCUCUGGACGCGCCCCUGCUCACAUACCUCCCUCAGAGUGUGAGCGAGGUGAGCGCCUCAGGUGGCAAGACAUGACCUCAAAAGAUGUCAUGAGCCUUGUUCCCACCUGCACAAAACUCCUGAAGUUUUCAGGCUGAGCAAAAACACUUUUGAGUUUUGUGCAGGUUUGAACAGGAUUUUAAACAACCGUACUGUUACACGAUUACUCAUCUGCUGUUUUCAUGCUGAUGGAAUGAAAGUCAUUUAACUUGAUUGUUAAUUUAAUCCUAAAUUGUUUAAUUUCACUCCUUCUUCACUUUUAUGGUUUUGUCAUAGAUAUGAA